GCUCGGUGCUCCAUGUUUGGAUUUGUCCAGCGGCAUUUUCUCGCGUUUCAAUAAGAAGCAAAGGUCCUCCCACGGGGUCAAUAAAUCCUCCUCGGACACCGAGCUAGCGCAGGGUAAAAGCAAAAGUCGGAAGAAUAAAUCGAAGGAAAAAUGGCCCUUACUGGAGGGACUGACAGUGGACGAGUUGGCUCGUUAUCGAAGAAGGCGUGUACAAGGACAACCGAAAGACAAUCUUGGACUUUAUGUCGAGGCUGAAAACGAAGAUCUGGUGUCCGAGUAUCGUGAAGCCUUUCGUGCCAGAAGCGAAGAGUUCCUGAAGGAAAAUACCUGGUUGGCAAAGGAAAUCGAGGAUCGUCAGGCGAAGGAUUCCUUCGAAGGUGGACAAGUUUCUGAUGAAGGAAAGGUUAGAAAGCAAGAGGAGAAACAUACAGAGCUUCCAACAAAAAAUAACACGGUCGAUCUUUCAACAUUAAUACAAGUCAAUGACGAUAAAACGAUGGAGACUGAAACUGUGAAUUCCAAACUCACAACCCACACUGAUGCUCCUAGACGACCUUCUCUAGUCAGAAGGGGUACUACUUUAAAGCAUGACGGAGAACUAUACACGGAUACUGAGACCUAUUCAUCAUACGUGGCCUAUAAAGGUCAACAUAAACCUGAGCUAGCUCGCAGACCUACGUCUUUAAAAAUGGAAGGCGAUUUAGAAACGACUACUGAAAAAUGCGAGAAGUUCAUCCAAUGGCUGAACGUUAGUCGACCGGAACUUAUGCGUGUGCCCACGCAUUUGAAACUCGAGGGUGAAUUCGAAACGACCACGGAAAAUCACGAAAAAUACGUGCCGUUUGUAGGUGUACGAAGACCAGAAUUAUUGAGACAGAAUACCAACUUGAAAUUAAACGGAGAAGCGAAUUUCCUGCCGGAAUAUACCGAUGUCUUUAAAAGACACAAUAAUAAAGGACGCUCGCAGCCAAUGAAACCUGAAACUCAUCUAAAGACUGGAAAUUCCUUUUUCCAAAAUACCGAGAAUACCGAUAACUUCGUUGAUUUUCGUACUGAGCAGGCACAAUUGCCGAAUGUGGUUAAUAAAGACAUCGAGGAAGAAGAGAAGACGCAAAAGGUAUUAAAAGAGAAACAAAAGAAGGACGCCGAAAUGAAAAUGUUAGUCUCAAAACUGGAGGAUUUGAAAGGUCCACCAUUAGAAAUUCCAGAGUAUAAAGAUGCAUAUAAGAAUUUCCCAAGGGAGAGGCCUAAGAUUGUAAAGCCAGAGGAUGAAAUUGGACGAGCAGAUGGUUCCAAAAUAUCUUCUUCACCAACGCCUAAAUUUCCUACGAAAAUUGACCAAGAUCCGGAAUACAAAUCGAAAUACUUGGAUUAUCAAGGAGAUUAUCCGGUUUAUCGAAAACCGCCGUUAAAUAUGAGGUCGACGUUCGCUCCUCCGGAACAUGGUACACGUUUUGGUAGACAAGAGUGUAAACGACACGAUCACGAAUUUACCAGUGAGGUGCGAGCCCAAUAUAUUCCUUAUGGUCACAUACCGAGAGUCGAAACUUUGAAAAUGCCGACCAAUUUGCGUCUGGAAGGUAAUCUUGACCUUGAACCGGAAUAUAGAACGGCUUAUUGCACAAAGCGUGAAAAUCUGUUACAAGCUGAACAAAGAAUGCAUCGUAGACGAGAUCGUAGUUUAAGCGCAUCCAGACCGAAAGAAAAUUAUUGGAUAAGCAAUAAGGCAGAGCAAUUUGGUUUUGCAAAUGCUGCUCAAGAUCAGGACGCGUUUCAAGUGUUAAACACUCGAGUUCAUGAAGAUAAUGUUUGCGGAAAACCACCGACAAAUAGUCGAAGGAGUUCAAUUUGUUCCAAAUCUUCGCAAACGCAAAUCCAAAGGCAAUCACAAUUAGAUGUGACAGAAUGCAACACAGUGAAAAAUAGAUCGACUAGUCCGACUUACCGACUUCAUGUCUGUAAUGUCGACGAUGAACCCAGAGGUUUCCGACGUAGACGUUCGCCAUCACUGAAGUCUUCCGGAAGAACACACAAUCCAUCAUCGGAUUGUGUACUUCAAAGUAAUGCUAUCAGACCAUAUUCUCCUAGUUUUGGUAAAAGCACGAAGCAACACCCUAAUGGCCAAUCAUUUGUUGUUCUGGAUAAUGGAAUCUUUGAUACACAUAAAAAUGAAAUUCGCAGAAGGCAAACAGAUCGAAAUUAUAAUAUUGAUGGUACACUCCCUAUUUCUAAAGGAAGAGCAAAAACUCCAGCAAAUUGGAUGCCACCUUGGUAUGAUAGUACAAAUACUAUCUAAAGUAAUAAAUGCAUUUCAAAUGAAUAAA